UUAUUGCCGAAAGAUUCAAAUUUAAUAAAAGAAAUCAAGAAGAACAUGAGAAUAUUAGUGAAUAUGUCGUAGAGUUACAGAAGUUAGCAGAUACGUGUAAUUUUAGGGUGUUCCUGAACGAAGCACUGAGAGAUAGAUUCGUAGAAGGAAUAAAAUCAUUGGCACUUCAAAAAAAAUUGUUGGCGGAAGACAAUUUAACAUGGGAAAACGCAAAAAAAAUGCAGUCAAUAUGGAGUUAACCGAUUCCCAAGUGAAAGAAUUUAAAACGUCUGACAUGGGUGUUAGGCGAAUCAAUCUUAAAUAUAACAAAUGUCAAAAAGAGUCAUAUGUAUCAAGAAAGUCGUCAAGUAGUCAAGGAAAAGAUAUAGGAAAGAAAUGUCAAGUCGAGAUUAAUAAAAAGGAUCAGUCUAUAAGGUCAAGCGCAAGGGAAAACAAGAAGAAAUGUUAUAGAUGUGGGAGAAGUAACCAUGAUCAUGAGAAUUGUCCGGCAAUUAAUUGGAAAUGUUAUGCCUGUCAAGGUAGAGGUCACAGCGACAUGCUGCAGGAAGAAAAAAAGAAUACAUGGAGUGGAGUCAGAAGUGGAGUCCGAUGACACAAGUGAACAGAGCAGUGAUGAGUGUGAAUUAGCGAUGCAACAAAUAAAUAUUAAUACAGUUCAUGGUAAGUUAUUUAGUAAGAUAAGUAUUAACAAAAAAUUAGUAACGAUGGAGGUCGAUUCUGGUGCUAGUGUUAGCAUACUAUCUAAAGACAAAUUUGAUAUGAUAUUACCAAAUUGUAAAUUACAGAGUUGUCCAAAACAACUUUUGUCGGUUUGUGGUAAUAAAUUAAAAGUUGCAGGUCAGACCAAUGUUAGGGUAACUACUAAAAAUAAACAAAAAGUAUUAUUGCCGUUAGUCAUUAUAAAUGAAAAAAAUGUUAGUUUAUUAGGUCGUCCCUGGUUAGAUGUAUUGGUCCCCGAAUGGCGACAAAAUUUAACGAUCAAUAGGGUAAAAGUUGACACAAUAAUUAAAAAUAUGUCAAAUAAAAGUUUAGAAAACAGUAAUAGUAGUAAUAGUGUAAAUAAUGAAAAAAGUAAGUUCAAAACAGAUGAAAAUAAUUGUAUAAAACAUUUUCUGGCGCAAAUUGUUUUAAAAGAUGAUGCCUUGCCUGUAUUCCAUAAAGCCUAUUCAGUUCCUAUAUCACAGAGAGAGUUAAUUGAAAAGGAAAUAAAGAGGUUGGUCAAGGAAAAUAUCAUAAGCCCAGUACGUCACAGCGAAUGGGCAAGUCCGAUGGCUGGAGGUAAGCAGUUCACUAUUAUCGAUUUAAAAAAUGCCUAUUUACAAUUAAAAGUUCAACCUAAUUGUAAGAAAUAUUUGACAAUUAAUACCCACCUUGGAUUGUUUGAAUAUAAUCGACUACCAUUUGGUGUCACUUCAGCACCAAGUAUAUUUCAAUCCAUUAUGGACCAGAUCUUGAAAGAUAUACCAAUGACCGCAUGCUAUAUAGAUGAUGUUAUCGUAGCAGGUCGUACAUUAGAGGAAUUGAAGAAAAAUGUAGAUGCCGUGUGCAAACAACUUGAGAAUUAUAAUGUAAUCAUCAAUUAUGAAAAGAGUCAAUUCAAUAAAUUGUCGGUUGAGUUCCUGGGUUACAAAAUGGAUGCUAAUGGUAUUCACCCUGUAGAAAAUAAAAUAGAAGCGUUAAUGCAAGCACCUGCCCCCACAAAUUUGACUGAGUUGCGCUCUUAUUUGGGAUUUUUAAACUAUUACCAUAAGUUCAUUCCAAACGCUUCAACUCUAUUGCAACCACUAUAUGAUCUAGAGCGAAAGGAUAUUCCUUUUCACUGGAGUAAAAAAUGUCAGAAAGCAUUUAACAAAAGUAAAGUCUAGUAAAGUCCAAUGCUACACUUGAUUAUUUUAAUCCUAAAUACCCUACACGCAUUACUUGCGAUGCAUCUAAAACAGGAGUUGGGGGAGUGUUGAUCCAAAUUGUUGAAGGUGUGGGACCAGUUAUGUUUGUUUCUAGAACGUUGUCCGAUACUGAGCGGAAUUACGCUCAGGUUCAAAAGGAGGCAUUGGCAAUCAUCUUCACAGUACAAAAAUGCCAUAAAUACCUUUAUAGAAAACCAUUUGAAUUGAUUAGUGAUCACCAACCGCU